AUAAACAUGGCAGCCACCAUAUCAGACGUAAACUUUGCCGACCCAUUUUUUAGCAAAAAUUAGAAAUUUUGCACAAGACAAAGCACUAUAUUUGCCAAAUCAAUGUAUCUUCAUUUCCUCUGCAUGUGUUACGUGGAUUCAAAUUGUUGAAGUAAAGCGAACAGCCAAUGCAACCGUUACAAUCGGAAGUGAAAAUGGAAUAAUUUUAGCGAAACCGUUGUCUGUGUUACAUUUCACUGAACUAGAAGAUGGGAACAUUGAAGGACAACAACGAUAUAGCUUGCUAUUUCAUAACAAAACAUUCAUGGAAGGGAAAAUACAAAAGGAUUUUCUCAGUUGGAACAAAGGGAAUAACAACAUACAACCCCCAGACUUUGGAAGUGACAAACCAGUGGCCCUAUUCAGAGUUUGUCAGCAUAGUUCCGAAUGUCAAAGCACCAGGAAACAAUGAGUUUAUCAUUACAAUGCGGAAGGGCCCCAAAAAAACUGACUCCAUGAAGUUUUCCACGGAUCAUCGGUCAGAUUUACUGACGGAAGCUCUGAGAUUUAGAAAUCAAUUUGCUGAUGAGAAUAACACCACAAAAAGAUUCAAUGCUUUCAAACACCACUGGUCAGAUAACCGAGUACCAGUCCUCCUAGAGGUCAACCAGGGGUCAGUCGACCAGAUCGACCCCGCCACAAACCGAGUGCUGUGUUCUUAUGACUACAAGGACAUGGAAGGCAUCACACAUAUAUCAGAUUACCCUGGUGGUAUUGCAAUAAUUCAUGGAGGAUUUAGUCGCCUCCAUCUGUUUGCCUGUGAACAAAAAGAAAACCUAGUGAAAUGCAUAAUGGAGAGUGCAGCAGCUUUUGUUGGAAUAGCUGUCAAACAGAGAAAAGAACCUAUUGCCUUUGAAAACUUUAUCACACACAGAUUGGGAAAAUACAGUACUGAUGAGGCGCUCACAUCCUACGCUGAGUUUACCGUACAAAAGAUAUCUCCCCGCCACUCUGAUCCUGUUCGGCGGACCAUGUGUCUGACGGAGACAUGUUUAGUGGAGCGUGACCCCGCGACGUAUAAUGUGGUCACCAGUAAACCUUUGUGUGAUAUCUUUGCCAUAAUACGUGAUCAAGAGAAUCCUCAGAAAUUCAGCGUAGAGUAUGUUAAAGGUGCAAUAAGAACAUACCUGUCCACAGACAGAGAUGCGUUGAUAGCGUCUGUCCUGGAUGGAGUCAGAGCCUCCGGUAACAGAGAUGUCUGUGUGAAGAUGAAGUUUACGUCUCGCGGAUAUCGCCUCGGUCCGUUCACUGUUCCCGUGGAUGAAGAGGUGGAGAGUCAGUUACUAAAGUUUAUCCAACAGCCGCCAGUGGGACUGACCUUUGACCAGUCUGUGUCCCGAUUUAACAGCAACAUAUCGUACAGUGGCCUCCUUCAUGCUGUCACACAAGAUGGUCUGUUUGCUGAAAACAAAGAGAAGUUGAUCAGUGGUGCUUUACUGGGACUACUGGAGAAGGAGGGGGACCAGAAUGUGAUAUCAGCGGAGAAUCUGGAGGCCCAGUUCCACGCCCUCAGGCGAUUAGUGGCCUCCAAGGCCGGCUUCCAAGCCUUCACUACAUUACCAAAAAUGAGAGAAAAAGUUGGUUUAAAGGUUGUUAAAGCUUUAAAGAGAAAGGACAACGGUGUCACUCAUGCUGCUAUAGAUGUUUUGUGUGCUCUGAUGCAGCCAAUGCAUGACGACUAUGACCUCCGACAGGAACAAAUGAACAAAUACUCACUUCUGUCCUCCAAGAAAUUCCUGGAGACAUUGUUAGAAACCUUUACAGACCAUGUUGUACACAGUACCGGGGCUCUUGUGAUAUCAGCCAUGCUGGACUUUUUAACUUUCUCUCUGUGUGCACCAUAUAGUGAAACCACGGAUGGGACCCAUUUUGAUACCUUGCUGGAAAUGGUGGCAGCUAAUGGCAGAAUUGUUUUCAAAUUAUUUCAGCAUCCUUCCAUGGCUGUUGUUAAAGGAGCUGGUCUUGUUAUGAAGGCAAUCAUUGAGGAGGGGGAUCAGGAGGUAGCAGCAAAGAUGCAGGACCUGGCCCUGUCUGAGGGGGCGUUACCCAAACACCUACACACCGCAAUGUUUACAGCUAGUACAGACAACAGAAUGCUAACUAUCAGGCAGCUUAGUCGACAUUUGGUGGGUUUGUGGGUCACCGGUCACCCUACAGCCAUGGGCUUACUUCGGCGGAUUCUGCCCAGUGGACUGCUGUCGUACCUGGAUUCUGAUGCCGAGGUACCAACCCACGAAGACGACAAAUUACAUGUCAGAGACAAUGUCAAACUAGCUCAGGACAUACAAAACAGAAACCGUAGAAACCCUAACCUAGUCAUGAUAGAGAAAAAAGUAGAUGAACUUCUUCAGCAUUGGCGAGCCAGAAUAGGCCUAGAGAAAAACAAACAGCUAAAUGAACUAAAACCUGUAACACUAAGGAAGCGGAGACAGCGAAUCAAGAGUGAGGCUAACUGGUCGUUAUUUUACUAUUAUUUCAACAGGGACCACUCCAAACCCAACUUACUGUGGAAUUACAAGACCAGGGAAGAACUGCGAGAGGCACUGGAGAAUGAAAUGAGGGCAUUCAGUGUGGACCGAGAAUUGGGGUCAAACUGUGUGGUGGGCUGGAACCACCAGGAGUUUGAGGUCCCUUACAACUGUCUGUCUGACGAAAUCAAGAUAGGUGAUUACUACCUGCGACUUUUAUUGGAAGAGGGAGAUGAGGAGUCGGAGGAAACAAGUGCAAUUAAAAAGUCGUAUGAGUUCUUCAAUGACCUUUACCAUCGCUUCCUCCUGACCCCAAAAGUCCAGAUGAAGUGUAUGUGUCUGCAGGCCAUGACCAUUGUGUACGGGAAAUGUCACGAGGAGAUUGGAGCUUUCAAUGACACCCGGUACAUCGUGGGCAUGCUGGAGAGGUGUACAGACAAAUUGGAAAGAGACCGCUUGGUUCUUUUCUUGAACAAACUUAUUCUACACCAGAAAAAUGUGAAGGAAAUCAUGGAUGUGAAUGGUAUCAAGGUGUUGGUAGACCUACUAACGAUAGCCCACCUGCACACCUCCCGGGCUACUGUACCUUUACAGACCAAUGUGAUUGAAGCUUCCCCUGACAUGAGGAGGGACAGCGAGAAGGAGUGGUACUAUGGUAACAAGGACAAGGAGAGGCUGGGACCAUUCUCUUAUGAGGAGUUGAAGGAUCUGUGGAAUGAGGGAACCAUACAUGCUAAGACGCGGUGCUGGGCACAAGGCAUGGACGGGUGGCGCCCCCUACAGUCAGUCCCACAACUCAAGUGGACGUUACUGGCCUCUAGUCAGCCUGUGAUGAACGAGAGUGAGCUGGCCAGCCUCAUACUCAACAUGCUGAUUCAGAUGACGGAGUACUACCCAAGCCGGGACUCUGAUGGUGCAAUAAUUCGACCUCUGCCAAAAGUGAAGAGGAUUCUGUCUGACCCAAUGUGUCUCCCUCAUCUUGUGCAGUUGCUGUUGACCUUUGACCCGACCUUGGUGGAGAAGGUCGCCCGGCUACUGUUCCUAAUUAUGCAGGAUAAUCCCAACAUUUCCCGCCUCUACCUGACGGGGGCGUUCUUCUUCAUCAUGAUGUACACAGGAUCCAACCUUCUCCCUGUCGCCCGGUUCUUGAAGUACACCCACAUGAACCAGGCUUUCCGAUCCGAGGAGAAUCGUGGCUCGGACAUUGUCAGCAGAAGUGUGCUGGGCAACAUCUUACCCGAGGCCAUGGUCUGUUACCUUGAAAACUACUCACCAGAAAAGUUCGCAGAGAUCUUCCUUGGAGAGUUUGAUACGCCAGAGGCCAUCUGGAAUGCUGAAAUGAGGCGAGUGAUGAUUGAGAAGAUCGCGUCCCACAUUGCCGAUUUCUCGCCGCGGCUACAGAGUAACACUCGCGCCCUGUACCAGUACUGUCCCAUUCCAGUGGUCAACUACCCACAACUCGAGCAUGAACUGUUCUGCAAUAUAUAUUAUCUUAAGCAUCUCUGUGAUACUCAGAAAUUCCCAGAUUGGCCGAUUAAGGAUCCAAUCAAGUUAUUGAAGGAGAUACUGGAGUCAUGGAAGAAGGAGGUCGAGAAGAAGCCGCCGACUAUGUCUAUAGAGGACGCGUACGAGACGUUAAAUCUGAAGAAGGGAGCGGGCGGGUUCAAGAAUAGUCGAACUCAAAGAACAAGGCAUGAAGAAGCUCAAAUAAGGAAAGCAUACUUCAAACUGGCCCAAAAAUACCAUCCUGAUAAAAACCCAGAGGGCAGGGAAAUGUUUGAGCAAGUGAACAAGGCGUAUGAAUUCCUGUGUAGUAAGUCCCGGUUAGUGGAGGGACCUGACCCCCAGAAUAUCGUACUGAUCCUCAGAGCCCAGUCCAUUCUGUUCAACAGAUACAGGACAGAGCUUGAGCCGUACAAGUAUGCUGGCUAUCCAAUGUUGAUCAAAACCAUUCGCAUGGAGACAAACGACGAUGCCCUGUUCUCAAAGUCCGCUCCACUUCUGGCAGCUGCAGCGGAGCUGUGUCAUCACACCGUGAACUGUUCAGCAUUAAAUGCAGAGGAGCUCCGAAGGGAAAACGGAAUCCAGACCCUACAAGAAGCCUUUGCCAGGUGUAUCAAUGUCCUCAGUAUGAUGAGUAAACCUGAGGAUGUAGCUGUACAGGUGUGUUCACAUAUAGUGAAGUGCUACGCUGUAGCUUCUCAAUUUGAAAGCUGUCGAGAAAAGAUCCAAGAAAUUCCAGCCAUUGUCAAAGACAUCAGUCGUAUUCUGUACUACAAGAACCUGGCCAAGUUGUGUUCAGUGGUGGCCCAUUGUGUCAGUGCUUUCUCUGUGGACUUCUGGCUACAGACCAAUCUAUUCCAGUGCGGGGUCCUGUGGCAUCUACUGUUGUAUUUGUUUAAUUAUGAUUACACGCUGGAGGAGGGAGGUGUAGAGAAGAGCGGGGAAUCCAAUCAGCAGGAGGUCUCCAAUAAUCUGGCUCGCCUGAGUGUGAGGGCGUGUGCCAGACUAGGGGGUUAUUUCCCGGAGAGCUCAGAGCUGUCCACCCCAGAAAACGUCCCUGUGAAGAAGUCACUCACUGCACUACUGACUCCAUUCCUUGCCAAGAAACUGUCCAAUGAAAACCCAAGCGAGUUGCUGAAGUUGCUCAAUAGUAAUUCUGAGAAUCCAUACUUAAUCUGGGACAAUGCAACGCGAGCUCAGCUGACAGAAUACCUGACAGAUCAACAGCAACAAGUCAUCAAGACGGGGGAGUGUGACAAACAUUACGGAUCAGAGUUUGUGUUUGAAAUCCAUGCCAAGGAACUGAUAGUAGGAGACAUAUAUGUUCGCAUCUACAAUGAGCAGCCCACUUUUCCUCUGGAGAACCCGAAGGGCUUCACUAUUGACCUGUUGGACUUCAUGGGCUCCCAGGCCCAGUAUCUCCAUUCCCUGAUGAUGCUGAAUCAGAACAGUGGGCAGCAGGCGGGCCAGAGCGCCAGGCUGAAGCAGGUGGAAAUGGCACUAGAGGGGCUGCGUAACGUCAUCAGAAACAAUCCAGGAGUGGAGAUUCAGUGUAUCGGACAUUUCAAGCUUCUCUUCUGUCUCCUAAGGCUGGACGAUUGUGCCAAACUGCAGCAGUAUGCUCUAGAAGUGGUCAACAGUGUCACGACCAAUCAGGAGUGUGUAAAUGACAUCUCAGCCUCAGAGGUGCUGGCUUACCUGUUAAUGGCCCUUCCAAUGCUACCCAGCUGUCAGUUACUGACUCUAGAGAGUUUGUUUUCUCUGAUGUCCAGCACAAAGAUAGUGAAGGAGGCCUUGAUGAAGGGAGCCCCUAUCUACCUCCUGGACUUGUUUGCCAAUGCCACCAACCCAAACGUGAGAGAGAAGACCGCUGAGCUGAUGGCCAAGAUGUUGGCGGACAAGCUAGUGGGGCCAAAGGUCAGGAUUAUCCUGUCCAAGUUCCUGCCGGGAAUCUUUAUGGAUGCCAUGAGGGAUUCUCCUGAAGCAAGUGUCCAUAUGUUUGAAGGCACCCAUGAGAACCCAGAAUUGAUCUGGAAUGAUGAAUCCAGAGAGAAGGUGUCGGAAACUGUCAAGAAACUGAAAAACAGCCAUUACAAGGCCCAGAGGGAGAAUCCAGACACGCGGUGGGGCCUGACCGAGGACUUCAGUGUGGUCUACUCCGACGUCCAGGGAGAGCUGACCAUAGGAGGGGUAUUCCUCAGGCUAUUUAUAGCCAACCCUGGGUGGGUUCUGAGGAAACCAAAGGAAUUCCUGACAGAGCUGAUGGAGAAAUGGACACAGCUGAUCACAGCUCAAAACAAUGAUAAUGAAACCCUGGAGACAGUGACUACAGCAGUAGUGUGUCUCUUCUCCUCCCAACCAGCUCUACUAGACCAGGUGCCCUCCCUUGGCUACAUACCCAAAAUUUUCAAGGCCAUGAGCAGCAAGAACAACGCUGUACCCAAGGCUGCCAUCCAAGUUGUCCAUCAGUUGGCUGGUAAUGAGAUAUGUACCAGGAGUAUGGCCCAGGUGGAAUGUCUGAGCGCGAUGAUGGUGGGGAUGAAGAGUCGGCGGGACCAGAUCGCCCUGGCGGCAGAGGCCCUGUACAAGAUGUUUGACAAGGGAGAGGAGGAGCUUGUCUCUCAGGCCAUUAGGACGGAUUUGGUGCCAUUCCUGUUGAAGCUGUUGGAGGGUGGAUUAGAGACCUUGGAUAAGCCGGCGGCCACCAAAGCCCAGAUAGUGAAGGCCCUUAAAUCCAUGCAGAGGUCCUUCCAGUAUGGAGAACAGAUAACCAACAUUUUGGACAAGUCGCCCGUUUGGAGAGAGUACAGAGAACAGAAACACGACCUAUUUAUAUCAGACACGCCCAUUGCCGGUUACCUGACAGACUCCUCCAAAGGUAAUGAUGAAUCGUGUGUUUGCUUUUUUUUCUAUACUAUCAUGGCGUUACUUUUGAUACUCUCUGAUCAAUGCGCUGAUCAAAAUUCUGCCUGCAGUCUGCUGGUUUCACCUCGAGAGCUGGAUGGUCGCGGCCAUUUUUCAGACAAAAUAAAUUUUCAUAAUAGAACACUGUAUAAAGUUUCAUGUAGAGGAAAACAUUUAAAAUUUAGAGUUAGUAUUUACUGUGAAGUCAUUAGAAUUUGUGGUGGCUCAAUUUUCGUGGUAUUCGUUGGUAUAGCCCUUCCCCACGAAUUUACAUCCUCAACAAAAAAAAAUUCAGAAAGCGUGUUCUUCUUACUAAAAGUGAAAACCGAUGCACACACGAAAUUAAAUCCCCGCGAAUAAUUAAAAAACGAACAAUCCACGAACAUUGGCCCCCACGAAUUUAACUGAUUCCACAGUAUGGAUUUUUUUCUUUACUACAUGUAAAUAAUAGUUCAUUUUUCAAAAUUUAAGGUAGAUCUGAUGCUUAAUUCUGUUGACAUCCAGCCUUCUUAUAACAAAAAAUUAGACCUUGCAUUUUUAAUUGUCUUUCUGUUUUAGUUUUGGAAUUAAAAAAAAAUCUUUGGAUAAUUUACAAUGUAUAAUUACAAAUGAUGGGUAUUUGCUCAGUAAAUAACUCAGAGAGGUUAUGUAUGUAAGGGUGUGAGUAUGAAGGUGUGAGGGUUAGUGUUUGAGAGUGAGGGUAAGGAUGAUGUUUCGUGUGUAAAGGUGAGCUUUGUGAACAGUUACACUGUCUGGUUUGGGUAGAGUUUAGUUUGUGGUACGCACAAUUAUAUUCCUACUAACAUUGCAGUUUCUUCACCUAAUUAAACUUGAAUAUAGAAUAGGAUCUUAUGAAUUUCUGUGCUGGUUUGAUAGUCUGUAAUGACCAUUGAUAAUAAAAAUCUGUUAUUGAGAUUAUGUACCCGGUCCCUGCAAUAAAAAUUAGAACUGCUUGAAAAUUAGGAGUUUUUAGUUAUAAUACUGGUACAUGCUGUAUGUAUUGUAGCUCUGUAGAAAACAAUCUCUCUCUCUCUCUCUCUCUCUCUCUCUCUCUCUCUCUCACAUUUACAUUGUAGUAGGUUUUAUCGAUGGCUUCUGUAAUUUGUAUUUAUGUAAAACAACAAUACAAAUAAAAUCAUCCAGAUAGACAAAAGAAUAGUACCGCAAUAGAAAUACCUUCUUUAAAAAAUGUCUAAGUCAGUUUCAGAUAUGGUAUAAUUUGAAUCUGUACAAUUUGCUUGAGAGCUAUUGUUUAUUGUCAGUCUUUUCAAGAAUAAUUGCAGAUUUAUGGGUUUGUGUUUGUUGAUUACAUUUUUGUAAAAACAGAGCAGGGGGAUUUUUUUCCAUAAAAAUACAUGCAAAGUUUAGAUUCAAUAAUUGUAGUCUUUCAUCCUCCUCAAUUUUAAAAUCAAAAAGUUUUCACCUAGUUUUUAAUGUGAUGUUCACUUUUUAUUUUUUUUUCACUGAGUCUUUUUUUUUUUUCUUGUAAUGCUUUGGAAUGUCUCUGGUGAAUGAAAGGGCAUGCAUAGAUCAAUAUGAUGGUGUGUCUGCCAUAGAGUAAUUGGUGAUCGUGAUUUGUAGCACUGAAUGCAUGUUAAGUUUUUUAGAUGGGUGUGAUAUAUAUGCAGAUUAUUGAUAUGUAGACAUUUAUAAAUGCAUGCAUAUUACUCUGAACCUAGGAACAUUGAGGAUCAGUGUUCAGUCCUUUCCAUUGUUAUACCUGUUGUUAAGCACUCCGGCUAACAUGAUCGCAUUUCUAAUAAGCAUUAAUCUGAGAAAUAAAGCAGUUAUCAUUUCUGUGUAACAUAUAAAAUGUCCAAAGAAAUCCUUCCUUGCAAUAUUCCUGUUUAUAAAUACUGUAUCUGGCUUUUGUAUCCACUACCAUGAAAGAUUUUUUCGUAGUUAAACAGGAUAUACUGCGAACAGAUAAAGAUUCCCCCAUGUUUAAGAAUGAAAAAAAUAUUAGUUAUUUAUAACUGAAGUGAAAAUUGGUGUUUUGGGGGGUUUUUAUUUGUUGUUCAUAAAACCCUUUUUUUUUGUAAAAUGCUAAACAUGAUUAGUAGGGAGUAGCACCUGAAAAUUUACCAUUUGCAGAAUUAAAAACUUUUGACAAUGUUUUACAGCUUGAAACUUUUGAUUGAGAGAAAAUUGUCAGUCGUGACCAAAGUUAUUUUGGGGACAGAACAUUCUGCUAUCCAGAUAAUGACUUCUUGUUGAUGUGUUACUAUCUGAAGUGGUCAUUGUUGGCCUCUCUGUACUGAUGAUUUUGUUGUGUUGACUCAUUAACAAACCAGUAGAGCAAGGGUUGUUUGUGUUUUGUCACUUUUUCUUGUUUAUGCCAAGAUAAAUUUGUAGAACUGUGGAUGAUUUGUUUAUUUAAACAUGAUUUUGGCCAAACUCCUUGAAGGUGGAAUAACACACCUGGAAAAAGUCACUUGAAUUAACAGUAAAUUAUUUGAUUAUGAAAGAUAUUAUGAUAAAUAAACUGUACAUAUGUCAAAUAAGCGAAAAAUUUGCAGUUUGGGGAUAAAAAAUUAAUAUCUAUAAUACUCGAUUCAGUAAGUAACAGCAAAAGCCCCCAUUGGAUUCGAACUAGGGAUGUACGGAUCACAAGCCUAACACUUUAACCACUCGACUAUGAAGUAAGGUACAUGUUGCCGUCGAUUAAAUCCUUUUAAUAUUACGAAAUGUUGUUUCGAUCAGAUGUGUUAUUCCACCUUAAUUAAGUAAAAGAUGUGUUAAAAGUCUAAUAGAAGCUAUAGGAAUAAUUACCUGUUAUAUGACAUUAAAAUUAAGAACUUACUUUUGGGCUUUUAAAUUUAAUAAAACUAUUGAAGAUAUAUGUUCUUUACUUUCAAGUUAGCAUAAGUAGAACCAAUAUGUUGUAUGGAGAUUGUUAAAAUGACCAACAUUUUAAAACCUGUAUUUAGAGGAUAUAGGGGGACAAAAGUUACAACUUUCAUGUUUGUUUAUCUGACUGAUGUAUUGUAUAAAUUGUAGAACCCAUGGGACCUAUUGUUUGUAAGUGACUAAGUCUGAUGAUGUUGGACCCAUGUUGCAUUGUAUGACCCACAGGACUUAUUUUUGUUUCUGUCUUUGGUUUAUAAGGCCCAAGGGACCUAUUGUAUGUUAUUUGUUUUUGUCUGUAGUGUAUCUAAUAUUGUAGGACCCAUAGGACCUAGUGUUUGUUUAUAACUGGUAUAUAUGUUGUAUUGUAGGACCUAUAUAACCUAUUGUUUGUUAGCCUGACUAAUCUAUUCGUUGUG